CAUGGGGCGGGCGCGGGCAGCGCUGCUGCUGCUGCUGCUGCUCUGCGCCACCGCGGCACCGGCACCGGCGGCGGGGGGGCGGCCCGAGCGGCGGGCGGCGGGGGGCGGCAGGGAGCGGCGGGCGCGGUUCGCCUCCUGGGACGAGGUGAACGUGAUCGCCCACGGGCUGCUGCAGCUCGGGCACGGCCUGAAGGAGCACGCGGACCGCACCAAGGGGCAGAUGCGGGAGCUCGGCAGCCGCCUGAGCGCCCACAACAGCUCCAUGGGGCGGCUGCUGCGCCAGGCGCGGGAGGCGCAGGAGCGGGGCGAGCGGCUGCGGGCCAGCGUGCGGGAGCUGGAGGGCCGCGGGCGGCAGCUCCUCGGGCUCUCCGAGGCGCUGCGGCAGCGCCUGGAGGAGGUGGCGGCCGACAAAGCCGAGAUCCGGGGCCGGCUGGAGCAGCUGGAGGGCCGCGUCCGGCAGGCGCUGCAGGCGCGGCCGGCCGGCAACCAGAGCGCCAAGGGGCUGGGGGCGCUGCAGACCCUGAUGGACGCACAGAACUUGCGAAUUGAGGAGCUCUUGCAGAAGAUCAAGCAGCAGCAGUACAAGCUGGACAAGCAGAAUCUGCAGAUUAAGAGCCUGCAGAGCAAGGUCAAUCUACUGAUCCCUUUACACCUGAAAGACAACAAAACACAUUCUCCGAAGUGGAAGAUAAACCUGAAGAGCCUCAGCCUCACCAACCAGAGCCAGAAUGCCAGCAGGGAGCCCGUGCUGACAAAGAAGCUCCCAGAGGAUUGCCACCAGCUCUUCCUGGCCAGGCAGCAAAGCAGCGGUGUUUUUCAGGUGCAGCCUGCAGGGUCCCAGCCCUUCAAAGUCUACUGCGAUAUGACUGCAGAAGGUGGCUGGACAGUGAUCCAGAGGCGCACAGAUGGCUCUGUGGACUUUGACCGGCUUUGGGAUGCCUACAAGAAUGGCUUUGGAGACCUUCGUGGUGACUUCUGGCUGGGCUUGGAGAAGAUCCAUCACCUUGUCCAAGAGGGAAGAUACAAUCUGCUAAUUGAGCUGGAAGACUGGGAGGGAAAUUCCCAGGCGGUUCAGUUUGUCUUCAGCCUUGGUGGCGAGAGCACAGCCUACACGCUCAAUCUGCUGGGACCUCUGUCUGGAGAACUGGAAAACGCCAUCGGGGACUUCAGGCAGCUGCCCUUCUCCACUCGGGAUCGUGACCAUGACCUCAAAGCUGACACAAACUGUGCCAAACACCUCUCAGGUGGCUGGUGGUUCAGCACCUGUGGCCAUGCCAACCUCAAUGGGAAGUACUUCCGCUCCAUCCCCCGGCAGCGGCACGAGCGCAAGCAGGGCAUCUUCUGGAAGACUUGGAAAGGCAGGUAUUACCCGCUGAAGUCAACCACCAUGAAAAUCCAACCUGCAGCACUGGAAGCAGAGCCCUAAAGCUGCCACUUGAGACUUGACCUUCUUCUGUGGAGCACAGACCUGAGCUCCGUCACUUCGUGUUUACAGAAAAAAAGCCCACCCUCCCCAGGAAGUCCCCUGAGGAUUGUUUCUCUUGGUUAGCAGACCUUUAGUGGCAUGACACAGCUCCUCACUAUAAGUAAAACAGCUCUGUGUUGCUGAAACCCCUGGAUGGGAGCUCCCAAACCAGAAGAGGAGCCACCAGCAGCGAGAUCCACCUCCAAAGGAUGCACAGGGAUCUUCCGACCUGCCACAUGCUGCUGCGGCGGGUUCACGUUGUCUGGUGCUUUCUGUCCUGUCUGAACACUUCUGUACUUGUUUUGAUGGGCUGGGAGGAAGGGGAGCGUGUGAAGUGUUUCACUACCCUGGACCUAAGAGUUGGGUACAGAGCA